UUUUACCAUAAACAAUUCGUAAACAAUCGACGGGUAAAAUAAAUAAAAACUAAACUCGAUUAGAAAAAGUCUUAGAGAAAGUUUGACUAAAAAGAAAAUUAAAACUAUUAGAUGUUAAAACUAUUAGUACUUCUAAUUUUUCAGCGUUAAUUUAUUUAUGUAAUAAUUUGUAUGAAAUCAAAAAAUGCCGAGGGUUCUUAAGCUCUAACUAAUAAUUUGUAUGUUAAAAAUACAAGUAAAUAAUACUAUUAUUAAUAGUAGAAAAUUUAAAUAGUGAAAAUAAAUAUUUUUUAAAAACACUUAUUGUAUUAAGUUGUAUAUGAGAAGUUCGAUUGUUGAUGGAACCAAAGAAAGGUUUAGAUGAAAAGAGAAGAAAAAAGCCUAGAAACUCAAAUGAUUCUACAAUAAACAACGAUCAUAAACAAGCAAAAAGUGUUAGAAAUGGUGUUCGUUCAACAAGAAAACGCUUAUCUAUGAACUUUGACUCUCAGGGUAUUAACGAAGUGGAGAUCACAAAGCAUAGAAGAAAAGUACAGUCAAAUAUAAAUGGCAAAAAAGGACAAAGUGUUUCCAAAAAGAAAAAAUCAAGACCAAUUAAUCUUUCUCCUGAUUUGGAAGAUAGUUACAAUGAGGAUGCAGAAUUACCUGACAUUUUUCAUAUUGACAAUGAUGAUAUUAUAAAAGCAAGAGAUAUGGAUCCAAGUGUAAAGAUUUUAUCAAAUGUUAUUAUUCCUCCAUCACAACCAAGUCAACGCAGAGAUAUUUUUUACAUAGAAAAAAAAGAUGGCCAAGGUUUUGCAAAAGAAUAUAAACGUGUUUCAAAACUUCAUCAACUUAAUUUUGCAGAGGAUAUUUUUGAAGAUAGUAGAAAACCUACGCCUUUACAGUUUGUAUUGAAAUUUCAUCAAGCAUUUACAAGCUUUGCAGUUAUUUGUCAUGGGUUGUUAGCAGGUAUUGCUUCUUCGCAAUGUGUAUUUAUCUAUACGUUAUCAAAAAUUGAUGAAAAAUUCAUUUUAAAUUACUACCAUAUUCUUGCCUCGCCUUUUCAGUCAGUUUUUUAUUUUUUGUUUGCUGUAUGUGCAGUUUCUGUGCUUGACAGAUAUGUUAAUAUAAGCAAUGGUUGGCACCAGUUUUUUCUGGCUUUACUUUCGAAACCUUCAAGAGCUGUUGCUUUAGUUGUUUACUUUUUUUCGAUGGCAUUCUCCGUUAGCCUCGCUCAGCUUGAUGAUCGAAUUGAUUUAUAUUCUGAUAUUCCAACACUUUGGUCAGAUGUUGGAAACCGUUUGGAGACAUGGAAAGUGAUAAAUUUACUCAGAGUUAUUGGUUCAGUUUUAGGUUGGAUUGUUGUGUGCUUAAAUCUUGUCGACGAUGAAACUAAAGAAACUUUAACAAAAGCAAUCAAUGAAGAAUCUUCUUACCAGAAUUCCAUUUAAAAAUAUUUUUUUUAAAAAUAAUAUCAAAGUAAUAUUUUUUAAUAUAUUAAUAUAAGUGUAUAUAUUUAACUAUUGUUACUGUAAAUAGCUUAGUUUAUGUAAAUACGGUAAUUUUUUAUGCUGUGAUUGAUUGUUAAAUUGUUAUUUAUUUGGAAAAAUUUUAAGAUUUCCGUAAAAAUA